AUGAGUGAGAAGCCGUCGGGUCUCGUCUACGUGGUCACCGGAGGCUGCGGUUUCCUCGGCAGGCACCUGCUGCAAGUUCUGCUGGAGAAGGAAGACGGGCUAGCGGAGGUGCGACUGUUUGACAAGCAUGUUGACUUAAGUUUAAAGGAACACAGCACAGACCGGGUCAAGGUGCUGGUGAUCAAGGGGGACAUCACAGACCAUUCCAGUGUCCUAGAGGUCUGCCGCGGGGCCAACGUCGUCAUCCACACAGCCAGCUUGGUGGACGUCUGGUACCGAGUCCCAGAAGAAGUCAUCAAUGCCGUCAACGUUAAAGGAACGGAGAAUGUUAUCAAAGCCUGUGUGGAAAAUGACAUCCAGCAGCUGGUGUACACCAGCAGUAUGGAGGUGGUCGGGCCAAACGACAGGGGAGACCCGUUCGUCAGGGGUGAUGAAGACACACCCUAUCCCAUCCAUCACACCAUGCCUUAUCCCAAGAGCAAGGCCAAGGCUGAGAAAAUUGUGCUUGAGGCUAACGGCACCAAGUUGAAAGGAGGGUCAUGUUUACACACAUGCUCUCUGAGGCCAACGGGGAUUUACGGUGAGCAGCACCAGCUGAUGAAGGAAUUCUAUGAGAUGGGUGUACGAACAGGAGGCUGGGUGAUUCAAGGCAUCCCGCCAGACACCGAACACGGGCGGGUCUAUGCAGGCAAUGUGGCCUGGAUGCACCUACUAGCAGCCCGCGCUCUGAAGGACCGCCCGCACGUAGCCGGAGGCGAGGCGUACUUCUGCUACGACGACUCGCCCUACAAGAGCUAUGAGGCCUUCAACAUGCAGUUCCUGACGGCGUUCAACUUCCGACAGAUCCGCGUGCCCCUGGUGGUCCUGUGGUUCCUGGCCUGCCUCAACGACCUCCUGCGGCUUCUACUGAAGCCCUUGUGCAACUUCACACCGCUGCUGAACCGUUACACGUUUGCGGUGGCCAGCACAUCCUUCACGGUGCGUUCAGACAAAGCCCUGCGCCACCUCCAGUACCGACCUCUCUAUGACUGGGAUGAGUGUCGAACCCGCACGCAGAAAUGGGUUGACACGUUCCCUCUGGACAAUGGCAAAGACUCCUAAUGUUCAGCACACAUUGAAACCUGCUGGUUAGAUACAUAGGAGCUAAGAGACACACCACUGGCUUCAUGUUCAUGGAGAAACGGUCAGAAAAGCAGUGGGAGAAUAUUCCAUUAAUUAGUUGAUUAAUGGCGUCAGGGGUUUGCCUUUUUGGAGCUAUGAAAAAAUAGCUGUUAGCUUCAAUACUUUGGGAAAAAGCUGAGAAACAACUACAAUUUAAGAAUUAUGUUCUCUUUGUAUAACAGCAUGUUUCCACCCUGAUUUAAAAAAAUUUGUGCUGAUAAGUAGAAGCAGAGGUCAUGUGACUGUAUGACUUUUUUGGAAUUUUCCAGGAGUCAUUCCUAGUUCAAGUGUACUGGGAGUACACUUGAGGAUCUGUCAUAGCAAUUAAAUGAAGACUUUCUAAUAAAACAGUAUCUAAAGGGUGGUGCUGGGCUUAAGGGCACACUGCAAUAUCAGUGAUAGACUUUGUUUUUCUCAAACCCUCCACAGGAGGCCUGGAAAUAGAGGGGAAAUUAACGUUCAGAACGCUGAAAUGUAUUUGAAUUCUACUCUGCAGUCCGUCUGAAGACAUCGUACAGUUCAGAUAAUAAUCUUUAUUUAUUUGACACUUUCAAAACAGAAAGUGUGAAGUACACAAAACGGACAAGAAAGAAAAAAAAAACAACAAUAAACAACAGCAGUAAUAAAGGGGAAAAACGCAAAAUGCAGUAUAUAAUAUGCAUAGCAAAUGAUGAAACUGUUCAGAUGGGUUUUGGUUAGCAAUUUCAUUCCAAUGCCGAACAUAUGAAUCUGUUUUUGUUGUUGUUGUUUUUUGUUUUUAGAUUCAGUUAUUAGACUCAAAACAUUUGUUUAGUGUUUCUGUUAGUAUAAGUCUUAGAACACUGGUUAUGUUGUCAUCUUAUUAAUUAGUACAGUAAAAUAAUAUAUUUUAGAAAUAUAUAAUUAUAUAAUUUCUAACCAUGAUAAUUACUAAAUUUACAUAAAUUGAAAGAUAUUAACUGCUUAUUAUCAGCCAGUAUUGAUAACGGCAUAAGUGUCAUAAGAUAUGCAACAUAAUAUGCACAUUUAUAAAUGUUUUGUUAAAUAAUAUAUCCAGAAAUUUCAUGACAAUGUAUUUAUUUAAUUUUUAAAAUAAAUAAUGUAAUAUAUUGGA